UUACUGAAUACUGACCUUGUACAUUGUAAUUAUAGCCUAAAGGUUAUAUAACAUAUUUUUGACUACACGAGAAACUGUGGAGAUUAAAACAUCACAGUUUCAUUAUGUGUGUAAUAGCUUUAAUGACGGCAACACCGGUACACGAAUUGUUGAUAAUAUCUGAAAAUGACCAAUUACUCACCUGUGACACAUGUAAUUUUUGAUAUGGACGGUCUACUUUUAGAUUCAGAAAGCAUUUACUUUACUUCAGUAACAGAAGUACUGAACAAUUAUGGGAAAAUUUAUACAGACGAAUUACAUUUAAAAGUAAUGGGAACAAUACCUCUAAAAACUGCUUCGAUUAUUACAAAAGAACUCAAAAUGGAUAUUACACCCGCACACUUGAUGGCAGAGUUAAAUAGGAAAAAGCUUAUCAAUUUAGAUAACUUACCUUUAAUGCCUGGAGCUGUGAGAUUAGUUAAUCACUUGUAUGAAAAUAACAUACCAAUCGCUGUAGCUACCAGCAGUGGAAAAGAAACGUUCAAAGUGAAAAUAGCCAACUAUCAAGAAUUUUUUUCAAAGUUUCACCACAUUGUUCUAGGUAGUGUUGAUCCAGAAGUCAAAGAAGGUAAACCUGCCCCAGAUAUAUUUUUGGUGUGCGCAUCGCGUUUUGACGACAACCCUAAACCAGAGAAGUGUUUGGUAUUUGAAGAUGCUCCAAAUGGAGUUACGGCUGCUAGGGCCGCAGGUAUGCAAACCGUAAUGGUGCCGGACAAAGUAAUUCCUAUUGAGAAAACUAGUCAUGCUACACAAGUUAUUACAUCUCUGGAACAAUUUAAACCAGAAGAAUUUGGCCUACCACCUUUUAAAUAGUGAGUUAUUACUCAAAAUUAUUUAUUGGUAAUUAUUACAGCAAAAAAAAAAAUUAUAAGUAUUAGGACCACAUACCUAUUACAAUUUUAGUUGUUUUAACGUUAUUUAUUUGUACUAUUAUUAUAUUAAAUACUAUAUUUUUUAAUAUGUAAGCAGUUUUUAUAACAAUCUAUAUUAUAAUCUCUUUUCGAAUU